AUGAAAGCCAAGGUCUCCGCAGGUGUCAAUGACCGCAGUAGCUGGCUCGCGUGUACUGUCAUGGGACGGCCGGGCUCGGUUAGCAGCCUGCACUCUUACGACCUUCCCUCGCUGUCAUCGUCGUCACGAACCAACUUUGCCGCGUCUGGCGGAGCACUGAUCAGUGCGACAGGGAGCGGGUUCGGAGUGCAUGGCGUGAGUCCGAUGAUAGCCGUCGGGGACACGUACGCGAGCAGCAACGUCUGGGUCUCAGAGACCGCCAUGAGGGGUCGGCUGGCACCAGGGGUAGGGGCGGAGCUUCCCAUGAGAGCGCUGGUAGGGUGCUGCACGACGGGCACGAGCACCCAGGUGUUCUCGUUCGACAAGCCCACGGUCAGCAGCAUUCAGCCUGCGUACGCAGCGACGACAGGUCUAGCAUUGCUGUAUCUAGCGGGCAGGAACUUUGGCACCUUCGACAGCACGGUGUCGAUAAGCGUAGGAGACACCAAGUGCACGGAGAGCACGUAUGUAAGCAAUCUUGUCUUGUCUUGUCUUGUGUCGCCAGGAGUGGGAGCCAGCCAAACUGUACGGGCUACCGUGGGAGGUCAGGUAGCCGAGUCGCCGGUGCUGUUCUCGUACAUGGGGCCGACGGUGCUUGGGAUAGGUCGACAGAAUGGGCCAGCGACAGGAGGGGUGCUCGUGACUCUACAGGGAAGGAACUUCGGGAGCUUUGAGAGCAGUGCGAAAGGGAGGGCGGGAACGGCAGCGGAGAGGACAAUCUGGACAAGUGAUACUCAACUGUCCUUUGGUGUUACAGGUGGAUCGGGUCCUCAAAUUACGAUAGUCUUGACAGUGUUUGAUCAAGCUGUGUCCAAUCUUGUUGGUUUUUCAUAUUUGAACUCUCGUAUAUCUGCUGUUACUAUGUCGAACAUAGGAAGUUCCGUCAGUUUCAGUGUUGCUGUUUUUGGGGAGUUCAGCAGCUCAGAUAUGUCUGUUUUCGAUGUGCUUGGUAAGGGAUUUGGCAACUGUAUCAUGACUCAGCGUUCGAGAGUGGGCUCGUCCAUUAGCAUUGAAACGCAAUGGCCCAGUGAUGCUGAGAGAAACACUGGAGGUCGAUCUGCUGCUGUACAAACUUUAUCUGGAGUGAAUGGAUAUAAUUCACGCUCAGAAAAAGCGAGAUUUGGAUCAACCUCAGCAGAGCGGACGGUAUGGAAAUCGUGCACCAACAUCAACAUCAAGACAUCUGCAAGUACAGGAAAAUCAAACACAAUUGCUAUCACAACAGAUGCUGCAGUGAAUACAUUCUCCAAUGCCUUCUCGUUCGAUACAUCUCCUGUGAUUUCAAGCUGCAAUACACAAACCGCCACGAUCCAAGUAUUGUCUUUGUUUACUUCAGGAACUUUCAUUACAUCAAAAUCGAGAAUAGGAGAGACUGCAAGCAGCAACACACAGUGGAAAAGUUCAACAAUCAUUUACAGCAAAAUAGCAGCAGGCGCUGGCCACAGCAAAGGCAUCUACCUCUCCAUCCAUUCCCUCGUCUCCUCCGCUUCUAGUGCCGUCUCCUAUGACACUCUCGCGAUCUCCUCCGGCCUCAAUCAGACGCGCUCGACGGCAAACACCCGAGGAGUCCUUCUCUCGCAGCUGCUACCGCCGGACUCGCUGCAGGUCGUGUCCUCGUACUCGGCGUCGACGAGGAUCGGACGCACGUCCUGUGAGUCCACGGGCUGGAUAUCAACCAGCGAGGUGCGCGUGCAAGCCCAUGCUCACGGUCGGCAAAGCAUGAGCCUGUCCAUCACGUGCGGGCGCGGGGCUUCGACUGUGUCAGAGCUGCUGACGUAUAGCGCUGUCACCGUGAGUAGCGUGCAGUCAGUCAACGCAGGCUCAAGAUCGACAUCUCUGAUUGCUUCUCUGUCGAGAGUCAGCAGCUCCGCAGCAGGACGCGUCGGCUCGACAGGAUGCGAGAUCUCUACAUGGCUGUCCGUGACGUCAGUGAGCUGUAUCUGUGCGAGAGGUCGGAGCCAGCUCGGCACGCAGGCGGUAGCGUUGACCAUCAGUCAAGCGACGGGAAGCGUGAGCGGCAGCGUGAGCUUCGACACACAGCAGAUCACGGGAGCAGAGCGCGGCAACCGGUACAUGGGGAUGGUCAGGUCGGUCAUCGUCAGGGCUGUGGGGGCUGUCGGGGGGGCAGCGUCUGUAUCAGCGAGUCUGCGACAAGGGAGCACAGCAUGCGAGCGAUCCUUGUGGAUAUCAGGCUCCUCUCUCGCAGGGCGCACGGCGAGCGGGCAAGCAGGGAGCAUGCGGGUGGUGGCGAGUGUUGCGGGUCAACCUGCGUCUACGUCGCUUGCCGCGAGCUACGAUGUACCGAUGACGUCCGAGGCGUUGAGGACAAACGUGGGAGGCCAAGGAGGGGCGAAGUCGGUGCAAGUGUGGGGCCAGGGGAUCUUUGUGGAUGUCGACAACGUCGCUCUUUGUCAGGAUAGUAGCAAGUGA